GUCACAGGCACGAGCAGAAGGUUCCUGAGGGACACACAGGCACGAACGCAGGCAUCAAUGGCGGCCGACGGUUGCAACGGCAACAGCAAGGCGGCGCCGGCGGGCGUGGUGGUGCCGGAUAUCAAGUUCACCAAGCUCUUCAUCAACGGCGAGUUCGUCGACGCCGUCUCCGCCAAGACCUUUGAGACGAGGGACCCACGGACAGGCGACGUGCUGGCCCAUGUCGCAGAGGCAGACAAAGCCGACGUGGAUCUGGCCGUCCAGGCCGCUAGGGAGGCCUUCGAGCACGGCAAGUGGCCCCGCAUGUCAGGCUACGAGAGGGGCCGGAUCAUGAGCAAGUUUGCGGACUUGGUGGAGCAGCACACGGAGGAGCUGGCGGCGCUGGACGGUGCCGACGCCGGGAAGCUGCUGCUGCUGGGCAAGAUCAUCGACAUCCCCGCGGCGGCGCAGAUGCUGCGCUACUACGCGGGCGCGGCCGACAAGAUCCACGGCGAGGUGCUUCGCGUUACCGGCAAGUACCAGGGGUACACGCUCAAGGAGCCCGUCGGCGUCGUCGGCGUCAUCAUCCCCUGGAACUUCCCCACCAUGAUGUUCUUCCUCAAGGUCAGCCCGGCCCUCGCCGCCGGGUGCACAGUCGUCGUCAAGCCCGCCGAGCAGACGCCGCUCUCCGCGCUCUACUACGCGCACCUCGCCAAGCUGGCUGGCAUUCCCAAUGGAGUGAUCAACGUCGUCCCGGGGUUCGGUCCCACCGCCGGCGCUGCCCUCUCCUCCCACAUGGACGUUGACACCGUGGCCUUCACCGGCUCCACGGAGGUUGGUCGCGUCAUCAUGGAGUCAGCCGCGAGGAGCAACCUGAAGACGGUCUCGCUGGAGCUCGGCGGCAAGUCGCCGAUGAUCAUCUUCGACGACGCGGACGUCGACAUGGCCGUCAACCUGUCACGGCUCGCCAUCUUCUUCAACAAGGGGGAGAUCUGCGUGGCCGGGUCGCGCGUUUACGUGCAGGAAGGUAUCUACGACGAGUUCGUCAAGAAGGCCGUGGAGGCCGCGCAGAACUGGAAGGUCGGAGACCCUUUCGAUGUCACCACCAACAUGGGUCCCCAGGUCGAUAAGGAGCAAUUCGAGAGGGUGCUCAGGUACAUCGAGCACGGCAAGGGCGAGGGUGCGACGCUGCUCACCGGCGGCAAGCCCACCGGCGACGGAGGGUACUACAUUGAGCCUACCAUCUUCGCAGAUGUCAAGGAGGACAUGAAGAUCGCGCAGGACGAGAUCUUCGGCCCGGUGAUGUGCCUCAUGAAGUUCAAGACGGUUGACGAGGUCAUAGAGAAGGCCAACAGCACCAGGUACGGGCUCGCCGCCGGGAUCGUGACCAAGAGCCUGGACGUGGCCAACCGGGUGUCGCGGUCGGUGCGGGCCGGCACGGUGUGGGUGAACUGCUACUUCGCCUUCGACCCGGACGCGCCGUUCGGCGGGUACAAGAUGAGCGGGUUUGGGCGGGACCAGGGGAUGGCCGCCAUUGACAAGUACCUGCAGGUCAAGAGCGUCAUCACCGCGCUCCCGGACUCGCCAUGGUACUGAGCGAUCCAGCGCUGGGCAGUUCUUGUCUUGGUGUACGUGCAGUGUAGAGUCGCCGCUGGGGGCUCUGGUUUGUGUCCGCCUCAAGGUCUGUUGGGGGUGUGACCGUGUUGCUGGGCACGGUGUCGGAGAUGUGCUCUGCGCACGGGAAGACGCCGAGAAUGGCUGUGAUCGACAUCUUGGGGAAGUGUAGCGAUGUGCAUGGUUCAUUCCACACAGCUGCAGAACAUGAACGGGUGUUCCAUACUUGCUCAUUUAUGCAGGCAGGAGUCACCGGUUUUUGUUUUGUGACAUAUGUAGUUAUGUACUAUAUAAACUUUCCAAUGUUUCACAAGUUUAGCUUGGAGUAUGUCUUAAUGCCAAGCUCUUUUUUUUGGGGGUUA